ACUGUCAAAUGGGUUUUUUGUCAAAAUGGCGUUUAGCUUUCCAGCCUUUUCUUAUAUUAUAGCUCUAAUUGUAGACGCUUUUCUUAUAUUUUUCUCGAUAUUUCAUGUCAUAGCAAUAGACGAGUUAAAGACCGAUUACAAAAAUCCCAUUGAUCAAUGCAAUAGCCUUAAUCCCUUGGUGUUACCGGAGUAUUUGCUGCAUUUAUUUAUUAACAUACUUUUCCUGUUAUCGGGAGAAUGGAUUUCAUUGUUAAUAAACGUUCCACUGAUUCUGUAUCAUAUACACAGGUAUCGUACAAGGCCUGUAAUGUCCGGUCCAGGUCUAUAUGAUCCAACGAGUAUAAUGAAUGCUGAUGUGUUAACUGUAUGUCAAAGAGAAGGUUGGAUCAAACUUGCAUUUUAUUUGCUGUCAUUCUUUUUAUACCUUUAUGGAAUGAUAGUUGUGCUGAUUGCAGUUUGAAAAUAAAAUCAAUUCCUUAAAUAAUUAUUUAUUAUUAGUAUCCCUUAAGGAGCAUCAUGUCAAGUUUGAACAAGCAGUUGUUGUGUAGACUUAUAGUCCACUCUAAAGUAUUUUGAUAAUAAAAUUUAUAAUUUAUAAUGUU